GCAAGUAUGCAUUUAUUUGAAGGAGAAACCCUGUAAGAAGGCAACGCGAAGAAGCCCGCUAGUCGUAAUGCCACCAAAGUGGGUGGGCACACUUCCUAACUAUAAGUAUGGAAACAACCUCGUUCGUCCUAACGGAUUUCUACUACAGAGGAGACGGAGAUGAGCGCUAACGUUAUGAGACCACAGCCAGCAAUGAAAUUACACGUGCUCUUCGCCAUUUCCUUCUCCUGGGCGUUCCACGAGGUCCCACCCCCUAAGUACCAGCACUACGACCCCUUGACCUCUGAACUCCUCCUGUGUGACCAGUGUCCGCCCGGCACGGCCGUCCUGACCCACUGUACCGCCGAAACCCCCACCGCCUGCUCGCCGUGCCCCGAGCGGUCCUUCUCAGAACACUGGCACUGGGGCGACAGCUGCCAAUACUGCACGACCGUCUGCAAGGAGAGGCAGCUGGUCAGUCAGGAGUGUAACAGAACCCACGACCAGCUGUGUGAGUGUAUCCCAGGCUACCACCUGGUGGUGGAGUUCUGCAUCAAACACACGUCCUGUCCACCUGGCUUCGGCGUAACUGCUCUAGGUACACCGGAGAUAGACACGGCGUGUGAGGCGUGUCCGCAGGGCCUGUUCUCCAGCCGGAUGUCUGCCAGCGAGCCGUGUGUGCCUCACAGGAACUGCUCUGAGCUGGGCUUGAAGACCCUGCGACCGGGGACCCCCACCCAGAACACACUGUGUGAGAACAAGGCUGAAGGAUCUGUCCUGGAGUGCUCCCAACACCACACACAGUGUCACACUGUAACUCCAGACGUCAUCCCACUGACUCCAGUAACUCCAGACGUCAUCCCACUAACUCCAGUAACUCCAGACGUCAUCCCACUGACUCCAGUAACUCCAGACGUCAUCCCACUGACUCCAGACGUCAUCCCACUAACUCCAGUAACUCCAGACGUCAUCCCACUAACUCCUGACGUCAUCCCACUACCUCCAGACGUCAUCCCACUAACUGCAGUAACUCCAGACGUCAUCCCACUAACUUCCGUAACUCCAGAUGUCAUCCCACUAACUCCAGAUGUCAUCCCACUAACUCCAGAUGUCAUCCCACUAACUCCAGACAGCAUCCCACUAACUACAGUAACUCCAGAUGUCAUCCCACUAACUCCAGAUGUCAUCCCACUAACUCCAGAUGUCAUCCCACUAACUCCAGACAGCAUCCCACUAACUACAGUAACUCCAGACGUCAUCCCACUAACUGCAGUAACUCCAGACGUCAUCCCACUAACUGCAGUAACUCCAGACGUCAUCCCACUAACUGCAGUAACUCCAGACGUCAUCCCACUAACUGCAGUAACUCCAGACGUCAUCCCACUAACUGCAGUAACUCCAGACGUCAUCCCACUAACUGCAGCAACUCCAGACGUCAUCCCACUAACUGCAGCAACUCCAGACGUCAUCCCACUAACUGCAGCAACUCCAGACGUCAUCCCACUAACUGCAGCAACUCCAGACGUCAUCCCACUAACUGCAGCAACUCCAGACGUCAUCCCACUAACUGCAGCAACUCCAGACGUCAUCCCACUAACUGCAGCAACUCCAGACGUCAUCCCACUAACUGCAGCAACUCCAGACGUCAUCCCACUAACUCCAGACGUCAUCCCACUAACUCCAGACGUCAUCCCACUAACUCCAGACGUCAUCCCACUAACUCCAGACGUCAUCCCACUAACUCCAGACGUCAUCCCACUAACUGCAGACGUCAUCCCACUAACUCCAGACGUCAUCCCACUAACUCCAGACGUCAUCCCACUAACUCCAGACGUCAUCCCACUAACUCCAGUAACUCCAGACAGUUUUUUCUUGAGCAGAUGGUCUGGGGGCCGGAACACAAUUACAGAUAAUUUGUAGACUGCAAAUUGACCGCAGGAAGCCCAAACAUAUAUAAUAUUUGACUAAUACAUAAUAAUUUCAAACCUUGCAUACAUUUGUAUAGGGUGGCUCACAUCCCAUAGGGCACUUCACAUCCAAUAGGGCUCACAUCCCAUAGGGCGGCUCACAUCCCAUAGGGUGGCUCACAUCCCAUAGGGCGGCUCACAUCCCAUAGGGCGGCUCACAUCCCAUAGGGUGGCUCACAUCCCAUAGGGCGGCUCACAUCCCAUAGGGCGGCUCACAUCCCAUAGGGCGGCUCACAUCCCAUAGGGCGGCUCACAUCCCAUAGGGUGGCUCACAUCCCAUAGGGCGGCUCACAUCCCAUAGGGCGGCUCACAUCCCAUAGGGCACUUCACAUCCCAAUAGGGCGCCUCACAUCCCAUAGGGCGGCUCACAUCCCAUAGGGCGGCUCACAUCCCAUAGGGCGGCUCACAUCCCAUAGGGCGCCUCACAUCCCAUAGGGCGCCUCACAUCCCAUAGGGCGGCUCACAUCCCAUAGGGCGGCUCACAUCCCAUAGGGCGGCUCACAUCCCAUAGGGCGGCUCACAUCCCAUAGGGCGGCUCACAUUCCAUAGGGCGGCUCACAUCCCAUAGGGCGGCUCACAUCCCAUAGGGCGGCUCACAUCCCAUAGGGCGGCUCACAUUCCAUAGGGCGGCUCACAUCCAUAGGGCGGCUCACAUUCCAUAGGGCGGCUCACAUUCCAUAGGGCGGCUCACAUUCCAUAGGGUGGCUCACAUUCCAUAGGGCGGCUCACAUCCCAUAGGGUGGCUCACAUUCCAUAGGGCGGCUCACAAAUGGCCCAUCGUCGUCCCGGUUAGGGUUUGGCCGGUGUAGGCCGUCAUUGUAAAUAGGAAUUUGUUCUUAUCUGACUUGCCAAGUUAAAUAAAGGUUAAAUCAAAUAAAACGUU